AUGUGCGCCCGUGGUGAUGGCGGAAGCGAGGGGGAGCGAGUAAGGGAGGGGAGGCUGUACUCUCCCCGCCACCUCCCGUCUUUCCGCGACUCCCCUGCCCCCCCCGCCCCCAUUAUCCAGGCGUGGGACGCGGCGUAUGGCCUUUCCGCCAACCUCACCGCGCCUCCCCCUGCCGUCCGCCUCCCCGUCUCCCUCGCCGCUGCAGCCUCCGCCAUCACCGCGGCACCCGCCGAUGCUGACGUGGCCGUGGGCGCAGAGGGGCGCGUGAGCGUGCCGCCCGCGCCGCAUCUGGAGGACUGCGCGAGGGUGACGUGGCGGCGCGCGCAGGCGGAGUGGAGAAGGGGUGGUAGUCAAAACGCAGGGGGGGAAAUGAGCGCACCUGCAUGGGCGCAAGUGCAGGAAGGGGGGCAGCAGGGGCCCCUUCCGCCAUGGAUCCGCGGGGCAGACGAGGACAACCUGGCGCUCACGCACAUCGCCCAGACCGACCUCUGGCUGCACCAGUUCCCCCCCUCCUGCUCCCCCUCCUCGCCCUCCUCAUCCUCCGCCGCCCCCGUGCGCUUCCUGCUGGUGGAGUGGAAGCACCCGCGCGGCCACGGGCUGGGGUCGCAGCUGCACAUCAUGAGCGCCGCGCUCAGCCUCGCCUUCUUCCACGGCCGCGUCCUCGUGCCCGCCCCGGGCUCCUUCUCCCACGCCGCACACAACUCCUGCUCGGGGCCAGACUACGGCUCCCUCUCCUGCUACUUCUUCCCGCUCACCUCCCCCGCCUGCCAGCAGCAAGCGCUCUCCUUGUGGCAGCAGCAGCAGGAGCACGGCCCCUCACACCCCGUCCCUCCGCCCGACCCUGGGCCAGCACUGAACGAGCUGCUGCAGUCAGAUCUGCCGGUCGUGUUCUUCCCCGGAGUCACUCGCUUCCAGGCCAAGAUGGCCAAGGAGGCUUCCGCUGCCUUCCACUGGGGGUCGCCAUGGGUGCAGAGGCAGGUGUCAACGGAGCUGCUGGGGCGGCGCUUCGAUGCCGAGGGCCGCUACCUGCAGGUGUCGUGGUGGCGCUCGCAGUCGCUGCGCUUCAUGCUGCGCUGGCCCUCGCUCUACCUCUGUCACCUCCUCAACCGCGCCCGCCACGACACCUAUGGCUACCGCGUCGCCCUCCGCGUGGCCGCCACUCAAACUGCCCUCCUCACUGCCUCGGAUGACGCUGCCGACAGUGUUUCCAGUGCUGCCGCAGAUGCAGGUGGUGGUGGUGCAGGCGGGAUGAUGGAUGGUGGGGUCGGGGGAGAGCCGUUUAUCUUUCGGCCGAUAGUGAGCAUGCAUGUGCGGCAGGGGGACAAGGGCCAUGAGAUGCUGCUCUUCUCGCUGGCCUCGUAUGUAUAUCUGGGCCAUCGCCUGCGCCUGCAUGUGCCAAACCUCAAGCACGUGUGGCUCAGCACAGAAAUGCAGACUGUUGUUGAUGAAGCAGUGUCCCGCUUCCAGGACUGGAUCUUUCUCUUCACCAAGGUGCAGAGGCAAACAGGAAACAAGUUCUUCUAUUCAUAUGAGCAGUCAGCAGGCCCUGGUGCAGUAACUGCAGCCAGCUUUGUUAACCUGAUAAUAGCAUCAGAAUGUGAUUUUUUUGUUGGAGCUCUAGCUUCCAAUUGGAACAGGCUCAUCAAUGAGCUGAGGCUCACAAAUGGACGGUAUCGAUCAGGUUAUCUUGCCCUCAAUCAUGCAGAGUGUCUGCAGGAAGUCACGGAGUCUGCUUCUGCAGAACGCGCCUAUGGUCUGAAGCCAGUAUCUGACCAGCUGUUUCCGCGUUCCACGUCGGUACUGGAGUGGCCUGUCGUUCGGUCAGGACAUGGAUCUGAUCAGGGUCCGAGGAAGAACAUGGAAGAUGCGCAUGUUAUGGUUGAUGAUCUGACGAAGUCGUUUGGUGAUUUGUCGUUCUCGCGACGGGGAUCUUUUUACGGGGUGUUCGACGGGCAUGGUGGUGACGCUGCUGCGAAAUUCGUGAGCAGUCAGUUGCUAGGGAACAUUCUUAGCGAUCCGUCUUUCCCAGAUCGAGUAGGACAAGCAAUCUGCAAUGCGUUCAUGCGUACCGACCGAGAGCUGGAGAUGGCGCAUACUCGGGCCAGCGAGCCAAUGGAAUCAGGGACAACCGCGCUGGCAGUUCUGCUUCUGGGAAAGGCAGCUGAUGGGGAAACAGUUGUGGGUCCGCUUAUAGCGGAGCCUGAGCUACGUGAGGCAGAGCUGACGGAGGAGGAUGAGUUUCUUGUGAUUGGGUGUGAUGGUCUCUGGGAUGCGUUCCGCCACAGUCAUGAGCACAGCCGCCACCACCGUUGCAACAUCAAGAAUUUAGAAAUUCGCGCCUCAGAAGGAGCUUCUCCGCCAACGAGCUUCAAUCCUCUUAGGGAUGUACAUGUAAACAUAUUGCAUUUUCCACGACUACAACCUCCAUGUGAUAUAUCGGCAUUUUUCGCCAGCAAGCGUCUUGUCCUAGGCCUCCCACGUGUCUUGCCGUCGCUGCCGCCUUCGCCUGCGCCGCCGUGUCGUCCCUGCGUCGAGGGUAGGCUGCGCGCCACCCCUCACUCCUCCUCCCUUCGUCCGGCCACCGAGCCUUUUGAGACGCUUCACUUGGACGUCUGGGGCCCAGCCCCUCGUCUAGGCCCUGAGCGUGAGCGUUACUUUCUGGUGGUCGUUGACGACUUCUCCCGCUACACCACAGUGUUCCCUCUGGCGAAGAAGUCUGAGGUGACUUCUACGCUGAUCAGGUGGUUGCUCACCACUGAGGACACUCGUGGUCGUCGUGUCAGCUGUCUCCACUCCGACCGUGGGGGUGAGUUUCGCUCCGGCAUUCUCGCUGGAUUCUGUCGCGAGCAGGGCAUUCGUCAGUCCUGGACGCUUCCAGAGUCCCCACAGCAGAAUGGGGUUGCUGAGCGCCGCAUAGGCCUGGUCAUGGAGAUCGCCCGCACCUCCCUGACUCACGCCUGUGCCCCCCAUUUUCUGUGGCCCUACGCGGUCAGGUACGCCGCGCACCAGCUGAACCUCUGGCCACGUGUCUCUCGACCAGAGGUUUCACCGACCAGUCUUUGGACAGGGUCCCCUGGUGUUGCGUCGCGGUUUCGUGUCUGGGGGUGCUUGGCUCUUGUCCGCGACACCUCCGCGGACAAGCUCUCGCCUCGUGCCGUCCCCUGUGUCUUCCUUGGUUUCCCUGAGGACUCCUCUGACUUCACCUUUUACCACCCUCCCUCUCACCGGUUCUUUGACUCCCGUGACGUCCGUUUCGAGGAGUCCACUCCGUACUACGUCAGGUGUGUCCCAGGCUACCCCUCCUCCUUCGGUAGCCCCUCCGGUACAGCCUCCCUCACCACAGUCCUCCUCGCAGCGUGCCGCUGGUGCUAG